GGGGUUGUAGUGGCAAUGGUGCCACGAAAUAUUUCACCUGGAUGGAAUCAAAGUCUUUGAUUUCUAACCAAAAAAAAAAAGGGGGGGGACAUUUGAAUAGCAUUCUCUAUUUCUUAAGUAUUGGAUGAGAUUAGAAAAGUAGAAGAUCAUAAUUAACCAGGUUAAAAUCCUGAAGGAGUUAACAGGGUAUGUUUGCCCAUAACAACAUACUUAGGAAUGUUUCUUAUAUAAGCUAAAGUGGGUUUGUUGUUUUAGACAUAUUGACUUUGGGAGAUGAGAAGCAACGCUCUAAUGGUUUAUGCUGGUGUUUUAAACAGGACUAGCUGAAUUACACUAUUGCUUCUCAAGAUUUUUACACCCAACACGGUAUUUAAUAGUACCUGUUUGUUUGUUUUUUUAACUUUGCAUCAACCACGUACUUACUAUGACCUAAGACACAUAUGUGUGUUGAAAUUGGUUCGAUUCAAUUUGUCAUAAUGACUUUAAUUAUUAAACUGGAACUGACAGCCUAGUUAGAAAGCCAAGGAGAUCAGCUUGAAGGCUCUCCGCAGGCACUCUCAGCUGUCUCCUCCUGCCUGGCAUCUCUGGUUUUCAUUUUUUCCUUGCUGUGUAUCAGCGGUCAGUGGCCAAUUCACAGGCAGCCCUGGCAUAUCGGAGCGCACUCCCACUAGGCUGAGGCGGGCAGGCAGGGAGGGUGCCGAGCAGGCGGGGCGGCCACGGUCAGAGGGAGGGGCCGCGCCCCGGGUUCGGUGACUGCGCCGCGCGCCCGGCUCGCCUAGGCUCCCGGGAUGCGCGGAGGCGGCAGCGAUGGCGAUGAUGACUCUAGCCCGGCAGCUUCCAGGCCACCGGGCACAGAUAGGGUCACUACUGCGACACGGAGGAGGAAGGGCGGCGCUGAGGCCAGCUGGUAGGCUUAUCUUCUUUGGCACAUGCUCGUCGUCUGUGAGCUGAGAUCCUGACUCUUUUCCUGCUGAAUUUAUUUUUUUGAGAACACAAGAAAGAGACACCUCUCUCUGAAGAUGAACACAAGUGCCCCGCUUCAGAAUGUCCCCAAUGCCACCUUGCUAAACAUGCCUCCCCUGCACGGGGGAAAUAGCACUUCUCUCCAGGAAGGUCUUCGAGAUUUUAUCCACACAGCCACCUUGGUGACCUGCACUUUUCUGCUUGCCAUCAUCUUCUGUCUAGGCUCUUAUGGAAAUUUUAUUGUCUUCUUGUCUUUCUUUGACCCAUCCUUCAGGAAGUUCAGAACCAACUUUGAUUUCAUGAUCUUGAACCUGUCUUUCUGUGAUCUGUUCAUCUGUGGGGUCACAGCCCCCAUGUUCACCUUCGUGCUGUUCUUCAGCUCAGCCAGUAGCAUCCCAGAUAGCUUCUGCUUCACCUUCCACCUUACCAGCUCAGGCUUCGUCAUCAUGUCCCUCAAGAUGGUGGCUGUGAUUGCUCUGCACCGGCUCCGGAUGGUGAUGGGGAAGCAGCCUAAUUGUACAGCCUCCUUUUCCUGCAUCUUGCUCCUUACCCUUCUUCUCUGGGCGACCAGCUUUACACUUGCCACCUUGGCUACACUGAGAACCAAUAAGUCCCACCUGUGUCUCCCCAUGUCCAGUCUUAUGGAUGGGGAAGGGAAAGCCAUUCUGUCUCUGUAUGUUGUUGACUUUACCUUCUGUGUUGCUGUGGUGUCUGUCUCUUAUAUUAUGAUUGCUCAAACCCUUCGGAAAAAUGCUCAAGUAAAAAAGUGCCCCCCGGUGAUCACAGUUGAUGCUUCCAGACCACAGCCAUUCAUGGGGGCCUCUGUGAAGGGAAAUGGAGAUCCCAUCCAGUGCACCAUGCCAGCUCUGUAUAGGAACCAGAAUUAUAACAAACUGCAGCACAGUCAAACUCAUGGAUACACUAAGAAUAUCAACCAGAUGCCAAUCCCCUCAGCCAGUCGACUCCAGCUGGUAUCAGCCAUCAACUUCUCUACUGCCAAGGAUUCCAAAGCCGUGGUCACCUGUGUGGUCAUCGUGUUGUCAGUCCUGGUGUGCUGUCUUCCUCUUGGGAUUUCCCUGGUGCAAAUGGUUCUGUCUGACAAUGGCAGUUUUAUCCUUUACCAGUUUGAACUGUUUGGAUUUACUCUGAUAUUUUUCAAGUCAGGAUUAAAUCCUUUUAUAUAUUCUCGGAACAGUGCUGGGCUGAGAAGGAAAGUACUCUGGUGCCUGAGAUACACUGGCCUGGGCUUUCUCUGCUGCAAACAGAAAACUCGACUUCGGGCCAUGGGAAAAGGGAACCUUGAAAUCAAUAGAAACAAAUCUUCUCAUCAUGAGACAAACUCUGCCUACAUGCUGUCUCCAAAACCACAGAGAAAAUUUGUGGACCAGGCUUGUGGCCCAAGUCACUCAAAGGAAAGUGCAGCGAGUCCCAAAGUUUCUGCUGGACAUCAACCCUGUGGUCAAAGCAGUUCCACACCCAUCAACACUAGGAUUGAACCUUACUAUAGCAUCUAUAACAGCAGCCCUUCCCAGCAGGAGAGCGGUCCGGCAAACUUGCCUCCAGUGAACUCUUUUGGGUUUGCCAGUUCCUACAUCGCCAUGCACUAUUACACCACCAAUGAUUUGAUGCAGGAAUAUGACAGCACGUCAGCAAAACAAAUUCCUAUCCCCUCUGUUUAACAUGGCCAGCGAGUCUGGAGGGAAUGGUUUUCUAUUCUAACUAAGCAAGCCUUUAAAAGAGUUUGCAAAGCAAAACCUGGACUCAACUGAACACUUGACAAUUUGAUUUUCUUUUGUUUAUAAUAUUAGUAUCUGGGUUGGCUUCAUGGUUUCUUGACAUUUUAAGAUUUGAUGUAAAAGUUUAUUUCAACUUCUACUCUAAUCUAUGUCCCAAUACUUUAUAUUAAACUGCUAAGAAGAUGCUAGGAUCUAUCCUACUGAUGACCUUUUAAGUCAGUAUUAUGGGACUUUAGAUAUGUAUUGGCUACAUUUUCUUUCUUUCCAUUUAUUUAUUUACUCACUUUAUAUCCUGAUUGAAGCCCCACCUCUCCUCCCAGUACCCGCUCACAUGGCCCUUCUCCCAAUUCCUACUACCCUUUAUUUCUGAAAAGGGGGAGGUUCCUCCUGGGUAACCAACCCACCCUGGCACCUCAAGUCACUGCAGGACUAGGUAUAUCCUCUGCCACUAAGGCCAGACAUGGCAGCCCAAUUACGGGAGCAGGAUUCACAGACAGGAAAUAGAGUCAGGGACAACCACUGCUCUAUUUGUUGGGAGACCCACAUGAAGACCAAGCUGUUACAAAUGUGCUGGUGAGCCUAGGUCCAGCUCAUAUGUGCUCUUUAGUUGGUGGUUCAGUCUCUGGGAGCCUUCAAGGGUCAGGUUAGUUGCCUCUGUUGGUAUUCUGAAGGGGUACCUAUUCCCUCCAGGUUCCUCAAUCCUUCCCCCAACUCAUUCACAAGACUUCCCAGGCUCAGUCUAAUGUUUCGCUGUGGUACUCUGCAUCUGUUUCUGUCAACUGCUAUAAUUUGGCUACAUUUUUUAAAAUGUGUUUGAAAAAAAAAUGAUCUUUCUGAAGUGUUAUUUUUAUAAAAAUAUGGAAUUUGUGUUUUUGAAGUACUGAAACAGCAAACAGUGUACUUUUUUUGGUGGCAAGUGAUUUAAAUAAAAAACUUACUAUUAAAGCAAAAAAUAGAAGUGUGUUACCUGCACCUUUGGCCUCAUUAAAAUUCUCACCCAUUGUUAGGCAUUGCCUUUAUAAGACAGUAGCCUAAUAAUACAGAGCUACGAUUCUUGUCACUUUUACUGUACAGCAUUGUUCUAUGUGAGUUGAGUAGCUAGCUUCACAAAGUUUUUUGGUAGUUAUAAGUUAAUUACUGUUUCAGAAGAACCUUGUUUAUUCCAAAAUCCUAUACUAGUAGAGGAUUGUACUACAGUAGGGGGCACCAUUCUGAGAGAACAGACAUGAUGUGUCAGCCUCAGCAGUUUGUUUGUGGAAGACGGGUACAUUUUGAUCAUGCAUUCAACACUAGCUUCCUAGAGAUGCAAUUGGGAGGUUUGGCUUGGGCUUUCCUUGUUUAUGAAGACAGUUUAGUAGCUAAUCACCUGACAGCAUUCACACAGAUAUUCAGAAAUAACAUUUUUAUUUAAAUAUUGCUAUGGAAAAUAAUUUCUGAAAUAUUAAUAGAUCUAUUGAUAUUUUCAGAUUGAGUUUUUUAGGUUUUGGGUUUUUUUCUCAUUCUUUUUUUAUAGGGCUGGAGCUUGGACCCAGGGUCAUGCAUAUUAAGCAACCAAUUUACCACUGAACUACUUCCUGAUCCCCAAACUAAUUGUUUUAUAUUUUCUCAUUGACCUUAAAUUAGAAAUGAGCAACCAUAUUAUUCUUACUCCUGAAACUAAUUUAUUAGGUACUCUAAUAUAAAAACAUCUUUGUCAUGCAGCUAGAAUGGGAACUUACUAGAAUUUUGAAACACUAAGAGACUUAAAAUAGGAUAUCUUUACAAACUAUUGUACCCAACUAUUAUUCCCUAUUCUUGAAGUUCAAGGAACAGAAGGUGCUCAGUUCAGAGUACCCUCUCCCAGGCUCUUCCAGUCUCCAGGAUCAUGGAAGAUGCUGAGAGGUGGAGAAGCUCCUUAGACAGAACUGGCCUAGCCUCCUGUAGCCACAAUGCCUUCUAAUGCACUCCAGUCAGGUCUGUUUCAGAGAUUUAAGUAUGAGGACAAGAUUUUCAAAUUCACCUUUUAGAUCUGGCCUGCCUACUUUUCCCCUUCUCUUCCUCUUUUCUCUUCCUUUCUUUAUUCUUGCUAUAAAGUUUAAUAGCCUAUCCAUUCUCCUUUAUUUUGGUAGCUGGAUACUCUUUUUGGAAGUCACUCUUACCUAUUUCAAUGGUGUUUUUAUAGAUUCAAUACAACAUGGUUCUCACUAAUACUCCCAUGAGACAGAUAAAGUACAGAGCUCUUUUCAACAAAGAAUUAAGGCAUUUGAGAGAUCCUCUUCCAAAAUUAUUUAAAGAAUUUUAGCAAAUUACCAUUAAACUUUGUCUUAAUUGCAAACCUAGUAUUUAGUCCAGUAAAGCAAAUAAGUUUGUAUUCAACAACAAGGUCAUUUACACUUUAAAAGUAUAUAUCUCUGGGUCUUGGAAGAUGGCUAAGAGGUUAAGAGCACUUCUUCUUCCAAAGGACCCAGGUUCAAUUCUCACGUAACCCACCAUGAUAUACAUGAUACAUAGACAUGUAUACAGGCAAAACACGCAUACAUAUAAAAUAAAAUUAAAUCUUUAAAAUAUUUGAAAGUAUUCAUCAUAAAAAUGUAUACAUCUCUUUUGAUUUUUUGUUUUUGUUUUUUGAGACAGGGUUUCUCUGUGUAGCCCUGGCUGUCCUGGAACUCACUCUGUAGACCAGGCUGGCCUCGAACUCAGAAAUCUGCCUGUCUCUGCCUACCAAGUGCUGAGAUUAAAGGUGUGUGCCACCACACCUAGCUGGUAUGCAUCUCUUUGAGGGAGAAUUACUACCUACAAAUAUUUUAAUAUUAGCUUUUGUGACCAGUGAGUUUGAAACUAUUUGACCAACAUGGGGCCCAUCUUUGAUAAAUAAAAAUUAUAACAUAAAGAAGACAAAGCAUAUACAUAGAAAGCAUUUGGUUUCUUUGUUUUCAUCAAAGAAAUCAUUGAUUUGAUUUUCAUGAACUAUAUAGUGGGCUAGAUUCUUGGCUCCCCUCCCAUCUGCAUAUAGAGAUGUAACCUGUUUCUUCAUAAUCUAUAUAUGUCUGUCUAUAACAGUAUACUCACAAUAUUGGUAUAGAUAGACAUAUAUAACUUUUAUCUUCAUAAGGGCUAAAAAUUUUAUCUUAAAGUAAUGAGAAUUUAAUUGAGUAUGAUUAAUGUGUAGAAAACAUUAAUUUUUUUCUCUUGAUACUUACUGUAUGCAAAGUAUGUGUCUCUAAAACAUUUUAUAAUAAGUGUCCUUAUGUUAACCCUUGAGCCAAAUUUUUAUUUCUGAUGUUUUAAUGUACUUUAAAAAUAAGUUUGGAAAAUAAAAAUUUUGAAAAUCCCAA